GUCACUUCCUGCUCAAAGGUCUCUUCUCCAUUUCACUCGCCGAACGCCCAUUUUGUAACACCGCGGCGGCGGGAGCUGGGCAGGAGAGGCGGGGGAGGGGGCAGCGCCUCCGCCUCUUCCCGGGGAGGACUGGCGGGAAGCGGCCAUCCCGCCCACCCGCCUGGCGGGACGCUUAAAGUGCGCUGGAGCAGCCGGGAACCCCUUGAGUUCCCGCUCGGCACCGCCAUGUCUACCCCCGCCAAGCGGCACUGCCAGAGCCCCGCCGGCUCCCUCGAAUCCAGCUUCCAGAAGCGCCUCAGGAAGAUUUCCAUCGAGGGGAACAUCGCUGCGGGGAAGUCAACGUUUGUCAGGCUGCUGGAGAAACACAGCGAUGAGUGGGAGAUCAUCCCCGAGCCCAUCGCUAAGUGGUGCAACAUCCAGACAGCCGAGGAUGAGUAUAAGGAACUUUCAACAUCUCAGAAGAGUGGAGGAAACUUACUUCAAAUGCUGUAUGACAAACCCUCAAGAUGGGCUUACACAUUUCAGACUUAUGCCUGCUUGAGCCGAGUAAAAGCCCAAUUAAAACCUCUCUCAGCCAAGCUGUACGAAGCAGAACAUCCAGUGCAAUUUUUUGAAAGAUCUGUGUACAGUGACAGAUAUGUGUUUGCUUCUAACCUGUUCGAGUCUGGAAGUAUUAAUGAAACAGAGUGGUCUAUUUAUCAGGACUGGCACACAUGGCUUUUGAAUCAGUUUCAAUCAGAUAUAGAACUGGAUGGCAUGAUCUAUCUCAGAACCACACCUCAGAAAUGCAUGGAAAGGCUACAGAUGAGGGGCAGAAAAGAGGAGCAAGGAAUCGAGCUUGAGUAUUUGGAAAACCUCCACUAUAAACAUGAAACCUGGCUUCAUGAAAGGACUAUGAGAGUUGAUUUUGAGAACAUUAAGGAGAUUCCUAUUCUAGUUUUGGAUGUUAAUGAAGAUUUUAAGAACGACAAGAUUAAACAAGAGUACCUGAUUGAUAAAGUCAAGUCAUUUCUGACUUCUUUAGAAGAUGAAAAUUAAUUCCAAUAACAAGUCCAUGAAGUUCACUCAACAAUCUGUGUUUAAAAAUUUACUUAAAACAAAUGCAUUACCUGUAUAGCUGAUUUUAAAGCAAGCCUGAAAUGUAAUAACAUGAUUUGGGGUUUAUUUUUAUCCUUGUCUGAGCAGUGUGUUUUGCUAAAUCUUUUUGUAUAGCUGAAAAGAACAAAUAUGGGGUGUUUUGAUAUUGAUUUUUUUCUUUUAUAUUCUCUGCUGUUUAAUAAAGAUUUUAAAGUGA